AUGAAGGAGGUUGCUGGCUUGCUCAAGACCACAAAUAAGGCUGAGGCCAAGAUGAAGACUUUGAUAGAUCAGGCCAAGACAGCAAAACAAGCCCAAGACGAGGCCGAGAAGAGGUCAGGUGCUGCUGAGGCCAUUGCUAAGGUCCUUGAAGCCGAGAAAAAAAAGGCCGAAGCAAAGACUGCCAAAGCCCAAGCCAAAAUCAUUGCUGCCUUGGCCACAAAGGACGCCGAGAUAAAAGUGGCGGACGAAAAAGCAUAUGCCGAGGGGGCAGCCGACAUCCGCGAGGAUUACAAGAAGCAAGACGAAGCUGAGUCCAAGGAGGAAGCCGAGGCCAAAGAGACUGAGGAGACCGAAGCUGUUGGGGCCAAGUUCCCAACUCUGAAUGAGCAAGUUUUAGACUUGACUCAGGAUAAGGAGGACGAGGUCCAAAAGACCACCUCUAAGGCCGAGGUCGAGACUUCUAACAAGAGCCUGGACGAUACACUGCGUGAAAUCGACGCCGAGGUCCAAGCUGAAAAAUCUACCCAGCUAUCUGUCGAGGCUGACACAACACCAAUUGCCGAGGCAGAGCAGACUGUGGAAAAUGCAUAA